CAUGCAUGCAAAACUCUGGGAGCAUGCAACGCGGCGAUCGGCGGUGCGCUGUGUCCCUCGGACACAGAGGAUCACCGAUCCGCAGAAACAGUCGAAGAUGUCAGCUCGGUCAUGUGAUCAGCUGUGUCCAAUCACAGCUAAUCGCAUGGCACUGAUGAUCAGUGUGCUCUGAUGAUCUGUGUAGCCCCAGCAGUGCUACCUGUCAGUGUACAUCAGUGCCAGCUUUCAGUGCUCAUCUAUGCCAUCUGCCAGCGCCCAUCAGUGCCACAUCAAGGCCACAUAUCAGUGCCUACCAGUGCGCAUCAAUGCCACAUAUCAGUGCCCAUCUGAGCUGCCUUUCAGUGCCACCUAUCAGUGCUGCCAAUCAGUGCCACCUAUCAGUGCUGCCAAUCAGUGCCGCCAGUCAGUGGUGCCUAUCAGUGUGCAUCAAUGCCGCCUAUCA